AUGGCGGUGCUCCAGGACGAAAAUCCCACAGAAGCUUUGCACAUGAUCUUGAGAGGUGUACCAGAUCGACUCCGUUCAGAAGUGUGGGGCAGCUUGCUGAAUGCAGAAGCACAUGUGGAAGAACCGGUGGCUGAUGAAGAUCCACUCAGUCGACGCGUCUUGCGGCAGAUUGAGCUGGACCUUCCGAGGACCUUUCCGGAUGUUCCAAGCUUCAAUGAAAACCGUCAGCGAAAAAUGGGACAGCUGUUGCGCACCUAUGCUUUCUCUAAUCCUGACGUAGGAUACUGCCAGAGUAUGAACUACGUGGCUGGACUUCUUUUGCUCGUCUUUGAAGAUGUCACUGAAGCCUACUCUGCCUUCACAGUCUUCAUGCAGAUUUUCGCCCUCUCAGGAUUGUACACGAAGGAUUUUCCUUUGAUGCUGACUUACAGCUCUGCAACUUUGCGGCGGCUGAAAGAUAGCAUGAGUGAACUUCAUGAUCACUUCUGGCGGGAGAACUACAAAUUUCCCCAGUUUCCAUGCGCGUGGUUCAUGUCCUUCUUUGUGAAGCUACUGCCACUGGCACUGGUGAAGCGUUUCUGGGAUCUCCUGGUUUUGGAAGGUGGCGAUGUCUUGGUGACGCUUUGUGUAAUUUCGUUGAGGACGCUACAACCUUUUCUACUUUAUUUCGAUCAAGACGACCUGGGGAAAUUUCUGGAAUUCAUAAGGAUGCCAAAAGCCAACAGCUGGCUGGAAAGAUUCUGGCUGCAGCUGUUCCACCAACAGCUCGCUGGAGACAGCGGUUUCGAAGACUUUCAACGCGAACACCAGCUGGUGCGGGACAUAUUGAGCAACACUCCUCCUGGCAGCAUUGAUGUCGAGUCACUGGCGAAGGAAUUUUCCUUUCCCACACCAGCCAUUCAGGCAGAGUUUCUGCCAGCACCAGUGGCUGUAGAGGUGGCUGAGGCAACUGGGAGAGCUGAGAGAGGCCAACCCUCCCGCUUUCCCAGCAAGUCCUUCUGCAUCCACGGUACCUUCCAUGGCUUCAAGGGAAGAGGCACCCGUCCUCAGCCGUUGGGAAGCAGCGAGACAGACCAUGUCUGCGGUGUCGAUAGAGAUGUCCUGGGAAAUGAGGGAUGGCUUGAGAAGGCGGACCACGGGGAAGUGAAUGCAGCAUCUGCACCGCCCAACCGCUCCCCGCAUCGCCCGCGCACCUCGGAGAGCACCCCGCGGCCCAAGUUGGACUCCCUCGGCGUGCCCUCAGAGGUGCACAGCGAGCGGCCGCAGUCCCCCAGCGAGCCACGGCUGUCGCAGACCCUGCCGAGGAGAUCCUCCAGCGGCACCGGUGGCAACUAUCCAAACCUCCUGUUGUCGCAGACACUUCCCAGGCCUUCGACAAGUGGGGGCUGUCGCUCCAACGCAAGCUCACCUUUCUCGUCUCCAAGGCCUCCGUCUUCGCCGUCUGGUCGAAAUGGUAUGCAAAGCUCGCCCUUGUCCCGGCGCUACGACUUGAAACCGCCGGUGCCACCGGCCAAUGCACCGUCACCUUAUCAGGCCAAUGCACAAGCUCCACUGCAGAAUGCCGCCUUGAUGACUCGCAUAACACAGAUGCGCUUGCCAGAGGCAACCUCAGUGGUGGAAGCAAUCGUGAAUGUGGAGGGAGAAGGUGAAGCGGAGCUGCCUAUGCUCUGCGAGGCCUACCAUCAGCGGGUGGCGGAGAUUUUCAACAACCUGCAACUCGCUGCUUUAGGACCGGCUGUGGCCCUGAUCACCUCAAUGUCAGAGGCGACGCAGACGGUGCCUCUGUUGAAACCCGAAGAGAAGUUGAAGGGACUCCUAGAGUCGCGGCUGAAUUGCUUUUUGCAUCAAUCGGCACGGAUUCUCGAUGCCCGUGUGGAGAACAGCGUGCACAGUAAUCGCAACGCCCAGGGUGGAAUGCUGGGCGAAUUUGAUCACCUCUUGCUGUGCCAUGAGCAUGCAGAGAUGUUGGCCCACAAUGGGUUGGCGUCCUUGAAGAGUGUGAAAAAGACCAUGGAACAUUUGCUUCGCCUCGUGGAAAGCGCUCCCUUGGUGGAUUUGCAGCACCGAGUUUGUGAGCUUUUGAAGACGGGGGAGCGGAGCUUGGAGGAGGGGCUGCUGGAUCGUUUGAAGCAUUCCUCGAUGAAAAAUCGUACGUUCGUGGACAUGAGAGCGGUGGCAGAUGCAGUGGUAACAAUGCAUCAGAAAAUGGAGUUGCCCCUGUUCAUCCCUGAAGUGGAAGAGACUUUGUGUGUGGAACUUCCUGGCCUUGUGAAGGCUUGGAAUCUCGAGCGUCUCCAAAUGGAAUGUGAAACGGAGGCGGGUUUGCAGACCUUGACACGCUCCUCCAGCAGAGUCUGGGACAGCGUCAACAAUGAGUUUAGCAACAGGCUUUUUCAGUGGAUGCAAGAGACGAUCUCCAACCUCCGACAAAGUCGCGGGAUGGACAAAGCGCAGGCGGAGAUUGGACGGUGGAAGAAGAUGGCCCUCCGUGCGAUCAGUGUUGGGCUGGUAGCCUUUGCCCCUGAGAUGAAGGACAAGAUCAUUAGCCUAUUUGCAAGGUGUUAUGAUGAUUGUUUGGGCAAUCCACAUUUCUCCCAGCAUGCUGACGAAAUUGACCGGAUGCUAUUUCAGGUGGGGCGUGUUGGAGAAGGGUCCUGGUCAUGUUGCAGAUUAUGCCAUGUUGAAAAAACCAUUGACUUGCCAAAGCCACGAGAUUUGCUCAUCAAAGCCGUGAGUAGUUGCCUAAACUCCUGUUGGUUGAUGCCAGUUGUUCAAACCCUCCAAGUUUUGCUGGAAUCCCUUGUUUUGUUGUUAUACAUGUUAAAUCUAGAUUUUUGUUGGUUUUAA